UCUUUCGCUCGGCAAGCCGUGCUUUGGGGCCAAGUCAAACUCUAGCAAGAAACCAAAACGAAAACAUCAAAAAAAGAUGUCGAACGAGGAGCAGAAGACAACCGCACAGACAGUGGUGGCGGACGACGAGCCAGAUGAGUGGGACAAGCGGAUCUUCAGCACCGGAUGUGCAGAUGAGAACAUGAAGCUGACGGACUGCUACUUCGAGAAGAAGGACUGGAGGGCUUGUGCCAAAGAGAUGGAGAUCUUCAGGGCGUGUUGGAAGAGAAACAACAACAACGAGAGGACUUCUGCGAAAGAUGCAUAAACGGGAGGUUAACUUUCUGUAGCAUAUCGCUGAAUGAGGGUCUUUAUUUCAGGUCAUUAAUUCGGAAUCCCAUCUCUACCUCUGGUAUCCUUCCAUAAUGUCAAGUCACUCAGCCACAACUCUUGCCAGACCUGCCACGCAGCUUAGUUUAGUGAGCUCAUGUGUGCUGGACGCUGGACGCUGGACGCUGGACCCAGCCCAAGCCACUAAACUCGGGCCGCUAUCGCCCGGCCAGGACAGCCUGCGCGACACUUGGAGCUCGCUAACCUAAGGUUAGUCUGGUGCUAAAAAGGAAUGGCAAACAUACC